GGAAAACGCUCGCUUCAUCACAAGUAACACUAAACCAACAUGGCUCCUAUCAAAUCUAUCGAGUACUUUCGCGUCAAGCCGCGGUGGCUUUUCGUCAAAGUCACCGACGAGGAAGAGAAGUUCGGAUGGGGGGAAGCUACGCUAGAGGGCCAUACGUUGGCUGUGGAGGGUGCUCUGGAUGAGAUUAUUUCUAGGCUUGUUGGAUAUGAAGCCGAUGACAUCGAACAUAUCUGGCAGACUAUCUGGCGCCUCGGGUUCUACCGCGGCGGCCCCGUCUUUAUGUCCGCUCUAUCUGGCAUUGAUAUCGCAUUAUGGGAUCUGAAAGGUCGCAGACUAGGCGUACCCGUGUACCAGCUUCUAGGCGGGAAGGUGCGCAAUAAAGUCCAAGUUUACGCGUGGAUUGGAGGCGACCGACCCAGCGACGUUGAAGUAGCUGCUAAAGCGCGCCUCGCCCAAGGCCUCAAAUGCGUGAAAAUGAACGCCACCGAAGACAUGAACUGGCUCGACUCACCCUCCAUACUCGACUCCUGCGUCGAACGCAUCAAACAAGUCAAAGCUCUCGGUCUUGACGCUGGACUUGAUUUCCACGGUCGGUUACAUCGGCCCAUGGCUAAACAACUCGCCAAAGCACUCGAGCCGUACCGGCCGUUAUUCAUCGAGGAACCGUUACUCGUUGAGCAUCCAGAAGCGAUUAAGCAGUUAUCACAGCAUACGACGAUUCCGAUUGCCUUUGGGGAGCGGUUGUAUACGCGCUGGGAUGCGAAGAGGUUCCUGGAGGACGCGUCGGUGGAUAUUCUGCAGCCGGAUAUUGCGCAUGCGGGGGGCAUUUCGGAGACAAAGAGGAUUGCGAACAUGGCGGAGACGUAUGAUGUGGCGAUUGCGCCGCAUUGUCCUCUCGGUCCAAUUGCUCUCGCGGCUUCGAUGCAAGUGGCGCUUUCGAUCCCCAAUUUCGUCAUCCAGGAGAUGUCGCUGGGGAUGCAUUAUAAUGUGGAGGCGGGAGAUAUUGAUCUCACGACGUAUUUGACGAAUCCUUCCGUGUUUGAUAUUCAAGAGGGGUAUGUGGCUGCCCCCGCGGGGGCAGGGCUGGGGGUGGAAAUUGAUGAGGAGAUGGUGAGGAGAAUCAGCCGGGAGACGGAGCCGUGGUUGCCAAAGGAGUUCUAUGGACCGGAUGGGGGGAUUCGAGAAUGGUAGACUAGAUUCAUAGAGACAUGCAGGAGAAUGUGAGGAGUAAGAUGCGGAGAUCUACAAAGUGACACCCGAAAUGCGG